AUGGCUCCUUCUAGUGAGAGUUUCGACAGCAUCUACUUGGACCUCUCCAAGGAGAGUGGCAAGUGCAGAUUCGCCGAGAGCGGUCUCGGAUGGAAGCCUGCUGGCGGCGGCGACACGUUCACCCUCGACCACAGCACUAUCGCCUCGGCGCAAUGGAGCAGAGCUUCCAAAGGCUACGAAAUCAAGAUCCUGAACCGCGACUCACGCAUCAUUCAGCUGGAUGGCUUCCAACAAGAGGAUUAUGAACGUUUGGCCAAGAUCUUCAAGAACUGGUACAGCACCGUCCUCGAGAACAAGGAACACUCCCUGAGGGGAUGGAACUGGGGCAAGGCCGACUUCGGAAAGGCCGAGCUUUCAUUCCACGUCCAGAACCGUCCCGCCUUCGAGAUCCCCUACUCCGAAAUCUCAAAUACCAACUUGGCUGGCCGCAAUGAAGUCGCCGUCGAGUUCUCCGCGCCCACGGACAAGAACGACACCGGCACCAACGGCGCCCUGGGUGGCGCGCGUGGCAAGGGGAAGAAGGCGGGUGCUGGCAAGGAUCAGCUUGUGGAGAUGAGAUUCUACAUUCCCGGGACUGUCAAGAAGGAGGAGGACGCCGGCAGUGAUGCUGGCGAGGAAGAGAAGAACGCUGUCACCUUGUUCUACGAUACCCUGAUGGAGAAGGCUGAGAUUGGCGAGACGGCCGGCGAUACUAUCGCCACCUUCUUGGACAUUCUGCACCUUACACCCAGAGGACGUUUCGACAUCGACAUGUACGAUGCUUCAUUCCGUCUCCGCGGUAAAACCUACGACUACAAGAUCCAGUACGACGCCAUCAAGAAGUUCAUGGUUCUUCCUAAGCCCGACGAGACACAUGUGCUCCUGGUUAUUGGCCUGGACCCACCUCUCCGUCAGGGCCAGACAAGAUACCCCUUCAUUGUCAUGCAGUUCAAGAAGGACGAGGAGGUUACGAUCGACCUGAACCUCACCGAAGAGCAAAUUCAGGAGAGAUACGGCGACAGGCUACAGCCCCACUACGAGCAGCCCCUUCAUCAGGUUAUUACCUACAUUUUCCGAGGCCUUGCCAACAAGAAGGUCACGACUCCUGCCAAGGACUUCCAGACCCACCGCCAGCAGUUUGGCAUCAAGUGCUCGAUCAAGGCCAGCGAAGGAUUCCUUUACUGCCUGGAAAAGGCCUUCAUGUUUGUGCCGAAACCCGCGACAUACAUUGCGUACGAACAGACGGCAUCCAUCACCUUCUCUCGUGUCGGCGGAGCGGUUUCUGCACUGUCCACGUUUGAUAUCACGGUGCAGAUGAAGAACGGUGCCGGCUCGUCCCAGUUCAGCAAUAUUAACCGAGAGGAUCUUAAGGGGCUCGAGGAAUUUUUCAGACUGAAGGGCCUGCGUGUAAAGAACGAGAUCGACGAAGACGCCAAGCUCCUUGCCAACGCUAUCCGCGAUGCAGCCGCCAUGGACGACUCCGAAGACGAGGUGGUUGGUCCCAAGGCGGACCGUGGCUCAGCGGACGAGGACGAAGAGAGCGUCGAUGAGGACUUCCGGGCGGAGAGUGAGAGUGACGUUGCCGAGGAAUUCGACAGCGAACACGACAGUUCAGGCUCUGGCAGCGCAGAGAGCGAUGUCGAUGACGACGGUGAUGACGACGACGAUGAAGACGAAGAGGAAGACAAGCCUCCCAAGAAGAAGAAGAAGACGGGCUAA